AUGUCUUCCUCUCCCGCCCUCUCAAGGCGAAGUGGCAGCGCGACACCCCUCGCCAGCCCUACCACCACGCGUAUUCGCACCCAUAACAGAUUCCUCAACUAUGGAGGCGACAGCAGUACCAGUGAAGGAGAAGACGACGCGGAAAUUUUACGACCAAGGGGCAAACUGGCCGCGAGAAUGCUGGGCGGAAACACAGAACCCACAGCCGAUUCAGAAUCUGAGAAGGACAGCCCAAAACCCUCUUCACCCAAGAAGACUGCUGCGACAAAAGAAGCCGAGGAUGACGACGAAGAUGAAUACGAGAUCAUCGCCCCGCGGCCUAGAAAGUUGAAGGCACGUCGCCAACGGAGCGCAACACCAGAACAAGAGCCAACAGCAACAGCGCCACGAUCCCCGUCACCAGAACAGAACCAUAGUCCAGCGCCACAAGAACUUUUUGUAUCGCCUUCGAAACCCUCUGGAGAAGCUGGCAGUUAUGAUGAGGACCUCCCUAGCCCCUCUCGUCUGGCCAAGAAUGCGAAAUUCGAGGCACUGGUUGCCAAGAAGAGGGCGGAAAGACUUGCUCGGGAAGCAGAGGAGGCUCGCAAGAAGGCCGAAAGGAAUGCCAUUAUGGAUGAUGAGGAUCCCGAGGACUUUACGGACGACGAGGGUGGCCACAAGCUCACACAAGAGGGUGCCAAAUCACGGCCCUCCGCUCGCAAGGCUAGCAAGAAGGCAUUGGAGGAGAUGAACAGAGAAACGCAGCGGAUGACCAGAGCCUUGCAACUUGCGCACGAGGCCAAGAUUAAGAAGAGGAUUACCAAAUCCACCCUGUUCGAGAGGUUCAACUUCAAGCCUGCCGGCGCUGCUGCUUCAACAGAACCACCAAAGGAGAAGGCUGCGCCAGUCAGCUCUAGCCGGGCGGGUACCCCAGCUUCAGUUCAGCAGAGUGAUGCUGAACGCAAGGAGGACAACACACCUCCUAGCUCACCUCCCGAGGGCGAGAAGGAGAAGGCGACUCCAGCACCACAGACGAUACUCCAGGACAACAGUGACGUUGAGCUCCCCACGGUCGGAGAGAUGGCCGCCUCAGCAGCUGCUGCCCCCAAGAAACUCGACAAGGGCAAAGGCAAAGUCACUGCCGCCGAGUUUGAGGCCGAAGACAAGGCCAAAGAGCAGCACCAGAUGCCCCGCGUAAAGCGUAAUCUCCGCGUCAAGUUUCCGCAGUUCUCUGUCCGAGCCAACACAGUAACUGCUUCUCUCGACGAUGAGGACGACGACCUCCAAGUCCAAAUGCCCUCCAAGAUUGAUCAGAUUCUCUCUCGCGUCAACCCCAACCAAAACAAGGAGCCCAAAGCUCUUCUCAACCUCCGCCGUCUGGCUCAACUGGAUGACCCGGACAAGAAGGCGGGACCGGUACCAACCAAGCAAAAGUUUCAGCAGCAUCAGAAACCUGCCAUGACGGUGGGCGAGCUGCAGAUGACUCUGAUGCAGCGGGCCAAAGCGCAGGCCAAGCUUGAGCGGGAAAGGCACCUUGAGUCUCUCCGGGCCAAGGGUAUCGUUGUCAUGACUGCUGAGGAGAGAGAAAAGGAAGAGCAAGAAGUUGAGGACAUUGUCGCCAAGGCGAGGAGAGAGGCUGAGGAGAUCAUGGCCAAGGAAAGGGCGGAUGCCAAGGAGGAGAGGAGAAAGAAGCGGUUGGAGAAUGGGGAGGAUCCACUUGAUUGGGAUGACAGUGAUUAUGAUGGAGAGAGCUGGAUUGGUGAGGGUGAGGAGGAGGCGGAGAUUGAGCUCUCUGGUAGUGAGGAGGAAAAUGAGGACGAGGAGGAGGAGAUGGAGGAUGGUGGUGUUUUAAUCGACGAUGCUGCUGAGGAAUCUACCGAUGAGGAGACGGAGGAGGUUGACGCGCCCAACUCAGAUGACGAGGAUGGUCUUCCUACAGCCAGCUCCAAGCAGGCCCGUCGCAGGGCGUGGAAACAGACUGCUGUUCUGUCUGAUGACGAGGACGAGGCCGAUGAGGGUGUUGUCAAGGCUACGCCUAAUCCUAAGAAGAUUCUAGCCAAGUCACCCUCUGUCCGCCAACAUACCUCCCCCAGCGUCCCGACCUCAGUUUUGCGCUCAGCCACCAAGACGUUCAUUCCUGGUCUUCCCGUUGCUGGCCCUGCCGGUCUGGGUUUGACCCAGAUCUUCCAGGGCACCAUGGACGACAGUCAGAUAGGCUCGGCUCCUCCUGAUUCUCCCUCCCAACCCAGGCCUACGUUUGAUAUGGGCGCCUUCCCCGAUUCGCAGUUCUCACAAUCUGUUCAGGAACCAGCGGACGGUGUCGUCUUGAACAGCCAGCCAGCCCCUGGUGAGCAAGACGCAGAGACACAGGGCAUCCAAAUCCAGUUCUCGCAGUCUCAGGUCCACGGCUUUGACUCGUUCUUGCGGGAUGAGACGUUUGAAGCUACCCAGGUAUCAGAGCUGAUCGAACCAACUCAAGACUCUGGCUUCAAGAAUUUUACUCCUCUUCAGCGGAGCUUUAUUGAGGAGCCUGCCUCUACGGUGGAGACCCUUCCCGCGAACCAAAACAGUCAAGCCGACUCUCCCUUGGUACGGCGCACUGGUAAGCUUCGCCGGAGAGCUGAAGUUGCUGCUUCUGAAAACGAGGAUCAAGAUGAGAUUAUGAAGGACGACAUCGAGACCGACGCUGCUUCUUCUGCCAACAAUGCAUUUUUUGCCAUGAAGGAGGCUGCCCGUAAAGAAAAGGAGCGCAAGAGGAAGGAAGCAUUUGACAAGAAGAAGAGCAAGGCCCGUGAGAUGGUGGAGGAGCAAGCCGAGGAGUCCGAGGAUGAGUAUGCUGGUUUGGGUGGUGCGGAUGGCGAAGACACUGACGACGAGGACGCAAAGUCUGUGCAAGAGAUGAUUGAUGAUGAGACGGCUGACAAGGCGGAGGAUGAGCGCAAGUUGGCUUCUUUCUAUGCUGACCGUGAACGUGCUGCGGACGAGAAGCAAGUCAAUAAGCUUUUCCACGACAUCACUACUGGUCUCCUGCGCCGCAAGCGCGCUGGCAACUGGGAUGAGCUCGAUGAUGAAGAUGACGGCGGGGAGGCCCUCCGUCGUAUGAAGCGCCGCCAAUUCGCCAAGAUGCAGCGUGCACUCUUUGCCGAUGAACGUAUCAGCAAGGUCGCCGAGAACCCACGUAACCAAGCCUUCCUCAAAACCAUCGAGGACCGUGGUUCAGACGACGAAAUGGACUUCAUCUGGGCGCCUCCUCCUCCUGCUCCAGGUCUUGACUCUCAGAACUCUGCAACUGGCGACUCCUCUAAUGAAGCAGUCACCAUCCCCGACAGUCAACCCCAAGAGCAGCAGCAGCAGCAGCAAUCUACCAACCCAAGACGCACAAAGCCAGGCCUCACCAACAAGAAGAAGCCCUCCAACAUCGGCGAGAUUAGGGAGUCUCUCUCCAACCUUCUCGAGGACGGGCCUGGCUACAAAUCUUCCUCCGUCAUCCCCGCCACGAUUCUCGACUCUGACUCGGAGGGUGAAGGCCCCCAUCCCUCAUCGGCCUCCUCCAACAAAGAGAACAGCAAGCCUCAAAUCGUGGACCGCAUCUCCCUCAAGCGCACAUCAUCCAAUACCUCUUCCUCCACCCGGCUCGCGUUCGCUGGUUCAUCUGAUCGGUCGUCCUCGUUCAAGAUCCCACCCCUUCUCCGCCGUGCCACUACCAAUUCGUCUACUCUAUCUGCCUCGUCAGCGGGCAUGUCUUCUACCGGUGUCACCACAUCCAACCUGCAGCAAGUCAGGGCUGAAGACGGCGGUAUCAAGAUCAAGCAGACUGCCUCCAAGAAGUCGGGUGUUGGUUACCUCGCCAGAGGCAACGAGAGGUUGUCGGCACUGGCGGAGAAGGAGAAGAGGAGGGAGGACAAGAAGUUCAAGGGGGCCAUGGUGGGGGAGAGGAAGAAGGCUUUGGGAGGGAUGUUUGGGGGCGGGAGGUUUGAGUAA